AUGGGGAGAUCGCCCUGCUGUGACAAAAGUGGAAUGAAGAAGGGUCCAUGGACCCCGGAGGAGGACAUGAAGCUCAUCAACUACAUUCAGACCAACGGCCCUGGCAACUGGAGGACCCUCCCCAAGAAUGCCGGGCUGGAGAGAUGCGGGAAGAGCUGCCGGCUCCGGUGGACGAACUACCUCCGGCCGGACAUCAAGAGAGGAAGAUUCUCCUUCGAGGAGGAGGAGACCAUCAUCCAGCUCCACAGCCUCCUCGGCAACAAGUGGUCCGCCAUCGCCGCCCGCCUCCCCGGCCGGACCGACAACGAGAUCAAGAACUACUGGAACACACACAUACGUAAGCGCCUCCUCCGCAUGGGGAUCGACCCCGUCACCCACGCCCCCCGCCACUGCCUCCGCCCUGAUUCCGCCGCCACCGCCACCCUCUUCACCCACCUCCUCCGCCUCCACCACGCCGCCCUCACACUCAACACCCUCCUCUCACCCCAAACCCAAACCCUAACCCAAACCCUAACACAGUUCCCCCCAUUAUCAUCUUCAUCACCACCACCUCCUCAGUUACAAGACGCCGUCGCCGAUUUUCCGAUCAGCACCGCCGCGGACACAUCGAUGAACCACCAAUUACUUCAAAAUUGCAUCCCGGACUUGUCUGAUCAAAACUCUAGCGGCGGAUUUCAGCCGAUGAACAGCAGCAGCAGUUGCAGUUGCAGCAGCAAUAGCAAUUUCAGCUUGGAUUCGGUUUUGUCGACGCCUCUCUCAAGCCCGCCUCCGCCGCCGGCGGAGGCGGCGGCUGCCAUGAACGCUAAUAAUACAUGUGCUGCAUCAGUGGGGAUAAAUGAAUAUGAAAGAGAAUUGGCUGCAGCUUUGUGGGGCAACGAUAACGAUGAUCUGUGGAGGUUUGAGAUCCCAGAGGGCUUCGAUUUCGAUGAUCUAAUGUUGCCUAAUUAUUAA